CCGAUUCGUUCGCGACCGACACAUUACUAUCGUCUUCGAAGCAGAAGCUAACCGCGAGAAGUUACGACGAAAAGCAUCCCAAAUUCGACCUAAAACUACAUUUAAGUCAUGUCCCAUACCAUCCUGCUAGUGCAGCCUACCAAGAGGCCGGAGGGAAGAACAUAUGCUGACUAUGAGUCAGUCAACGAGUGCAUGGAAGGUGUGUGCAAGAUGUACGAGGAGCAUUUAAAGAGGAUGAACCCCAACAGCCCGUCUAUAACGUACGACAUCAGCCAGCUGUUUGACUUCAUUGACGACCUGGCUGACCUCAGCUGCCUGGUGUAUCGUGCCGACACACAGACGUACCAGCCGUACAACAAAGACUGGAUCAAAGAGAAGAUCUACGUGCUGCUUCGUCGGCAGGCCCAGCAGGCCGCAAACUGAAGGGGGUGCUGAGUUGUUGGGUUUUUUGCUGUUUUGACUGUUUGCGUUUUUUUGUCUUCCCCCCCCCCCCCCCCCCCCCCCACAUGAAAGUAUUUUUAUUGUAGGUUGACUUAUAAAUAAAGAUU